AUGGGUGGCCGUGUCAGGGCUACUAACAAUUUUUGUUCUUACAAACCUGAACCAGAAGCCACCUCUCCACCCCCUGAACAACAAAAUCCACCUCCAUUUGAACAACCACAAACACCACCUUCUGAACAACCAGCAACUCCACCCUCUGAACAACAACCCACAACACCACCUGCACAAACAACACCACCACCCUCUGAUAUUCCCACCAUACCAAUAUUUGAGGCCAUCAUCAUCCCUACUCACACUCCCGCUGACACCAACCAAACACCACCAUCAUCCCCAUCCCCCAACUUUGAACCUGAACCUACCUUCCCCACCUUAGAAGAAGAAAUCACUUUAUUUGCAGAGUCUUCAGUGGAGAAGAUCAAGUCUCUGUCUGUCAACUAUGACAUCAGUGGUGUUCCCUCUGCAGUGAGGAUCCACUUGAACCGAGUGAUCAGAUGGAUGACCUAUGAAGCCUUCAAACUGAAAGGCCUCUAUGAACAAGUCCGCAACGACUUUGUCAGAGAUGCUGGAGUAAGGCUACAGACUCGCUUGGUCAGAGAGGCUGAGGAAAAGGCCAGAAAGGAAGCAAAAGAGAAAGCUCGUUUGGAAGAAGAGAAACGAAUCAGAGAAGCUGAAGAGAAGGUUGUUGUUGAAGUUGUGGUUAUUGUUGAAGCUGAGGCAAAAGCUAAAGUCGAAGCUGAAAAAGCAGCACGCAUUGCUGCAGAGGAAGUUGUAAAGGCCAGCGCUGAUGCUCUGACUCAGGGGGUGCAUGCUCUUGCCUCACAACAACCACCACAACCUGAACCAGAAGCCACCUCUCCACCCCCUGAAAAACAAAAUCCACCUCCAUCUGAACAACCACAAACACCACCUUCUGAACAACCAGCAACUCCACCCUCUGAACAACAACCCACAACACCACCUGCACAAACAACACCACAACCCUCUGAUAUUCCCACCAUACCAAUCUCUGAGGACAUCAUCAUCCCUACUCACACUCCCGCUGACACCAACCAAACACCACCAUCAUCCCCAUCCCUCAACUCUGAACCUGGACCUACCUUCCCCACCUUAGAAGAAGCAAUCACUUUAUUUGCAGAGUCUUCAGUGGAGAAGAUCAAGUCUCUAUUUGUCAACUAUGACAUCAAUGAUGAUCCCUCUGCAGUGAGGAUCCACUGGAACCGAGUGAUCAGAUGGAUGACCUAUGAAGCCUUCAAACUGAAAGGCCUCUCUGAACAAGUUAGCAAUGACUUUUUUAGAGAUGUUGGAGUAAGGCUACAGACUCGCUUGGUCAGAGAGGCUGAGGAAAAGGUCAAAAAGGAAGCAGAAGAGAAAGCUCACCUGGAAGAAGAGCAACGAAUUAGAGAAGCUGAAGAGAAGGCUGUUGUUGAAGCUGCGGUUGCUGCUGAAGCUGAGGCAAAAGCUAAAGCCGAAGCUAAAAAAGCAGCAUGCAUUGCUGCAGAGGAAGCUGCAAAGGCCAGCGCUGAUGCUCUGACUCAGUGGGAGCAAUCUAACUAUGGUUUCGCCCCUCUGGUAUUGAAAACUCUAGAGGAACUGCAAAAGGAACAACAAGUUAUGAGAGCUAGGUUGGAUCACUAG